AUGUUUUGGUGUCAAAUUGUGAACGGACUGGAUAAUGCUUUAGUCCUAAAGACUGCCAGCAUUAGCUAUGGGAGAAAAGUGUACCCAUGUCUUCAAGAGCUUCAUCUUGGCGAAGACAUCUUGACGGACUUGCUGAACUAUUGGAAAGAGGAUUACGAGUUCACCAAUAAAGACAUCGGUUGUGCCGUGAUCUGUGUCCACCAGAAGCUCCACCUGCUCGACACCACUGGCGGGCUGGAUCCGCCCCACACGCAAGCCUUCGUCCAGGCCGCUGGUGGUGACGUCAGCAUGGGGAAGUACGUGUCGUACCUUUAUAAGAGCUGUGAAAAAGUAGCCAACGCGACAGAUCCUUGCGUGAAGGCGUUGGAGGCGACCAACUGCUUCAGAAAGGCUGUUCAUCGCGCCCAGUGGUCCCCUAACAAGCCCAUAGUGAUAGAAAAGAAAAGCGAUGGCUGA